ACCGGAAGAAAACCCGAACGUUCAACCGACUCUCUUGUCAAUUGCAACGAUAAAUAGUAGCGCAAUGUGCUUCGAACGGGUUCAAUCGUUCGAUAGUAGCGAAGCGUGCAGGUCGCUGCCGCUAGUGUAGUGUGUCUAGGUUGUAGCAUACGUUGUUGUUUUGGGUGAAAUUUUAAUGAGCUUUUUUUACGUUCAGUGAACUUUUGAUAGAAAGGAAGAGUUUGUUUGCCUACUAGAAUAACAAGGAAAAGAAUGUUUCUAGUCGAGUGCUAGGUUUAGCCGUGGGUUAGAUCUACGAUUUAGUGUUUCGCUAGUGAAGACUCGUUUAAAAAAGUUCAAAGAGCAUGGCCUUAGUUUUACGGUACCUUUUCGAUUCGUACACGUUUUACUUCAGAGAGUACAAUGAUCCCAGAGUGGAACAUUUUCCUUUACUCGGAUCGCCGUGGCCAGUGUUGUUGGUGAUAAUUCUGUAUCUGAAGUUCUGCUGCAGCUGGGGUCCCCGACUGAUGGAGAACCGAAAACCGUUCUGUCUCAAGUCGGUCAUGAACGUGUACAAUUUUUGCCAGAUUUUGAUAAAUCUGUACAUCGGUGUAGUUGGGCUGAACAAUUCAUAUUUUGCGAAUGAUUUCAACCGAUUGUGUGAACCGAUCAACCAAAAAGUCUCCGCUUCUAGAGGCAAGCUUAUCUUCGUUUCGUACUUGUACUUCAUAUCCAAGAUUGUUGAUCUGCUGGAUACAAUAUUUUUCGUGUUGCGGAAAAAGAACAAUCAAAUAACAUUUUUACAUAUCUAUCACCAUGCGGGUAUGGUAGCAGCUACUUACGUGUUUUCAAAGUUCAUCUCGGCCUUCACACAGGACACAGCAGCCUCAGCCAGCCAGGGAAGCCACGCGACGCUGCUUGGGCUGAUCAACAGUUAUGUGCAUGUCAUCAUGUACUUCUAUUACUUCCUGACCUCGUUCCGGCCGGAGCUGAAGAAUUCUCUCUGGUGGAAAAAGCACAUCACGCAGGUUCAAUUGCUACAAUUUCUGAUUCUCAUGGUACACUUCGGACUGCCGCUGCUGCUAGGCUACUGCGACUACCCGAAGGCUAUACUACUAAUCGGUUUCACGCAGAAUCUUUUCAUGUUCAUACUGUUUGCCGACUUCUACGUCAAGGCCUACUUCAAAAAGCGAAAGUCGAGUACAGUGACGGUGACGCAGAACGCCGACGGGAGCCCACUCGAAUCCGCCACCAUUAGCACAGACAGAUCCAUUAAACAUUCAUGAGAUGAUAUUGAAUUGAAACCCCACCAAAUUAAUCAUUUACUCCAUCGCCCAUACUCAAUGCAGCCACCACCAGUGCCUCCAAAUGCGACAAUUAUGUUGUGUUUUUGUGUAUUACAUUAUUUUAAAAUUGAUGGUUUUUCGAUAAGAGGAAAUCAAGGACUUUUGAAUUUUUGUAACGAACAAACACGACAAAUUGUACGUAGGUUCUGGUUGGCGUGCAUUGUUAUUUAUUAGGCAUCCACAUAGCAAAUAUUAUCUAGUUGUGCAUUUUUAUUUCGAGCCCACAAUAAACAGUCGAUUGAAUUAAUGAUGUUAUCUGAUCCCUAAACCAAACAAUUGUAUGCCUUUAUUAUACUGAUAGAAAGCAGUGAAAAAAUGUAGAUUUGAGCCAUAACCUUUAGGGACAAGUUCAUCGAUCAAACCUUUUCAUACCACCAAUCUUUGACAUCUUGUGGUUUCUCUUCGAUAGAGUUUUUUUUAAAUUGCUUUUUUACAACCUUUGAGAUAUUUUUGGAACCAAAAAUAUAUAUAAAUAAAAUGAAAUUUAUUAUCAAAAUUAAUUUUUGAAAGAAAACUUAAAUUAUGACAUAAAAUAUGGCAAAAUGUUAU